AUGGCCUCCAGAUCGCCGACCGCCGUAACGCCAGGACCGAAGUCUUCUGCGCCUGAGACGCCAGCCAUAAUCAACGACGCGCUUACAACACCGCAAGCUGUUCCUUUCCCACCUCCGCAGACCUUUGAUUUCAUUCCUCCGCUUCAUGGAGUGAUUCUUCGACUUCUUGCUCCCAACGCAAACGAAGCAGGGGCUGCCAAUGGCGGAAACGACGGCGCUGGGCCAGAUCAAAGCCAACAGCCAACAUCAGGGGUCAACGAUGGGAAUACCAACGCCGAUUUACUAGCAGCUGUAUCUUCAUCAGGUCCCGGUCCUUCCACUGCAGCUGAGAUCGCUGCAUUGGGCUCGAACUUGCUUCCUCCAUUGGAUGUCAAGAAACUGCCGACUGAAGUCAGCUCGAUCAAGAUCCGGGUACAGAAAGCACAAGCUGUUGUGGAGGGCUUGCCGGACGUGGACCGUACUGUAGCAGAGCAGGAAAAGGAGAUUCAGGAUCUCGAGGACAAGAUUACGAGGCUGAGAUCCGUGAUUUCUGACUUUGGGAGGAGGGCAAACAAAGCCAAUUUUGAGAAAACCAAAGCACAUGGCCCAUGA